CUACCGAACUCUGCCCGUACCCGCCAUGGCCGCCACCGGUCGGCGCAACGGCUGCGCCGCUUCCGUUUCCUGCCCGUAGCCAAGAUGGCGGCGGCGGUGUUGGGGAAUCGCCGUGUGGCCAGCGGGCGGUGAAGCCGUUUCCGCCGCCGCGGCCUCUCCAGCAGUAAAAAUGGCGGAGUCGGUGCUGGAAGUUGUGGGCAAGCUGCAGUCGCGGCUGGCGGGCAGCGCGGAGCCCAAGAAGCUGCUGAAAAGUCUGAAGAGGCUGUCGGAGUUGCCCAUCACAGUUGACAUUCUGGUGGAGACGGGUGUUGGGAAGACUGUCAACAGUUUACGGAAACACGAGCUCGUAGGAGACUUUGCGAAGAACCUCGUAGCGCGGUGGAAGAAGCUGGUGCCGGUGUCCCAAGAGGCAGACCGAAAUAACCUGGAUUCUGAAGACCGUGACUACGAGAGGAGCAGCUCAAGCAAAAGGCAUCAAGAAUCCUCCCUCAGAGAGGAUGAGGAGCCCGACCAGGACUAUUCAGAACGCUUCCAGCCGUCCUGCAGCCAGUCCUACAGCCCAGAUCAGAGGGAAAAGAAGUCCAAAAAGUAUCCCAGGCCUGAGAGAGCCCAGGAGACUUAUGGCUACAGCAGCCAUGAGGGGAAGGGUUGGGGUAGGUCUUCCCCAGCGCUCUCUUCAGACGAGGAAUACUCGGACUAUGGACAAGCUGUGUCUCCUGAGCCAAGCGAGAGCCCUCAGGAUUUGUACACAGACCCUUACGCUUCUGAGGAGCAGGAAGAAGCGAUGGUAUUUCAUCAGAAAGCCGGCAAAGGCCCCAGCUUUCAGGAGAAGCUGGGGGGAAGCCGGGACAGGAACUCUGGUGAGUUCUGCAGCAAAGGGAACGUGAGUCAAAGCAAAGAGCACAAGUCUUCUCACAAGAAGCGGCGACUUGACGGCAGAGAGGAGGACAGGAGCGCUGCCUGCAGCCCCGAAAAGUUGCACAAGGGCUCUUUCAAAGAGCAGCUCCGAGAAGCCCCCGUGGCAGGGGGCAGCAAGGAGAAGCAGAGGAUGCCGGAUGGUGCCAAGAAGGAGAAGAAUCGAGAAAGCGGCACCUCCAGAAAGGAGAAGUUGCACGUGUCGCUGCACUCGGAAGAGAAUUUGGACAACCACGUUAAGAAGCAAAAGCACCGGGACUCUGAAAAAAGCAAAUUGGAAAAGCCCAAGCCGAGCCCGGAGACAUCUAACACAGAGCGGGAGAAAAGGAAAGCUGAGAGCGACUUGUCGAAUCGGAUUAAAGAAAAGGGGCUUUCUGGGAGCUUAAAAUCUUCAGAGGGGAAGCGCAAAGUCUCUGAUGGGGACAAAAAAUCGAUGGGUUUCUCCUCAAAUUCUGGAGAGGGGGAAGCGGAGGAUGAAUUUGAACAACCUACGAUGUCCUUUGAGUCGUACCUGAGCUACGACCAGCCCCAGAAAAAGAAGAAGAAAGUGGUGAAACCCGCUGUGCCAGCUGGGGAGAAAGAGCAGGGGCACAGCAAACAGAACGGAUCCAAAGCCAGCACCAACAGCUCGAGCUCAAGUCGGAAAAGCCCAAGCCACAAGAGAACAAGUGAGAAAAAGGCAGAGAAAAAGGUCCCGGAGCCUCCUAAACCAAACAGGAUACUUUUAGAUGUGGUACCAACAUUACCGGACAUCCCACUGCCGCCGAUCCAGGCCAACUACCGCCCUCUUCCUUCCAUCGAGUCCAUUAUGUGCUCCCAGACCAAACGGAAAGCCGUGUCCUCGCCGGUUGAAGAGAGCGAAGCGGGUUUUACAGGCCGCCGGUUGAAUUCAAAGAUGCAAGUGUAUUCAGGCUCGAAAACCGCCUACCUCCCAAAGAUGAUGUCUCUGUAUCAGCAAUGCAUCCGAGUCCUCAGCAACAACAUCGACUCGAUCUACGAAGUGGGUGGUGUCCCUUUCGCAGUGCUGGAGCCGGUACUGGAGAGAUGCACCCCCGAGCAGCUCUAUCGCAUCGAGGAGUGUAACCAUGUCCUCAUUGAGGAUACGGAUCAGCUGUGGCACAAUCACUGUCUCCGAGACUUCAAGAACGAGAAGCCGGAAGAGUUUGAGUCCUGGCGGGAGAUGUACCUUCGACUUCACGACGCGCGAGAGCAGCGGCUGCUGAUGUUGGCGCGGAACAUCGGCUCAGCUCACGCCAACAAACCCAAAGGUAGAGUGGCCAAAAUGGCAUUUGUGAACUCUGCAGUGAAGCCCCCUCGGGAUGUACGAAGGAGACAAGAGAAGUUUGGAACUGGAGGACCUCUUCUGCCGGGGAAGACCAAAAUAAAACCAGUCCUGUACACGUCUAGCAAAAGCCACACUCGUGUGAGCGAGGAGCAGUCCUAUGACGGGCCCAGCACCAGCAGCGCCCAUUCUGCCCCAUCUUCAGGUAGCACCUUCUCCUCCUACGACCCCAGGAAACCACCAGUGAAGAAAAUCGCGCCCAUGAUGGCGAAGACUAUCAAAGCUUUCAAAAACAGGUUCUCUCGGAGAUAAGUUUGCGGUGCAGAUCUGGGACUUUCCCCCUCGCUGGGGAGUGGCACUGAAGGGGGAGACGGUACCAAACAGCCCUUUGCUUUGAACUCUUUGGAGACUGCAGCUGCUGGGAGAAGCUUCGAUCUGCACAAGACGACAGCACAGUAUUUUAAUCUUUUAUUCUGGUUCCUCUCUCAGUGUCAAGCCCCCCCCCAUUUUUCCCCCCCCCACCCUUAACAUCCUGUUUUUAGCUUUGUCAUCCGUCAAAAGAAGGGUGUACAGAAUCUCCUGACACGAGAAAAUGUGAAGUCUUGGCACCUGCUGAGAGUGGAAGAUCCAGAGACUAUUUACUAUUUAACCUCUUAAUAAAUUAUAAAAUGGUUUUAAUUAAUAUUUUGCCCUUCUAUCCCGCUGGUAUUAUUUAUGUCACUCCCAGUAGUCUCUGCCCCCCGAGUCCAGUGCACGGGGCAGCCCCUCGGUGACUGGAAUCCACCUGAGUGGACACUGGGUGUCACGGGCGUCUUUCCCCCUCAUCUGGUACCUGCUGGGCCCAGCGUCCCACCUGGACUCUCUGGGACAGGUGGCACCGGUGGCCCAUCCGCUCAUCGGUCCUUUGGCAAGCACAUCGAGUCCCGAGGCUUUGUGCUCUAAUGAUGUACGUUAAUAAAAUCGUAGCUCUCAACCUUCUCUCUGCUGUUACUGUAGAUCUCGUCCAGAUGCUUACGUUGUCGUGCAGGGACGCCAAGAACCGUUGGGGACUUUUUAUCUGCUGCUGUUGUCUUCUGGCUACUGGGAAUAAAGCUAUGAGGGCUUUGGGGAGGAAUUUUACCAUGCAUUAAGUCAGAUUUUAACUUCUUUUUUCAAGAGGGGGAUUUUGCCUCUGAAAUUAAAACCAGUUUUUAAAUAUCAAUGAAGGUGUCAGUUUGCCUCUUUUAGUGGAAAGAAGGAAUACUUUUAUCUUGUUUUCUGUGUGGAAUUGGGAAGGAUUUAUUUCCACUUUGGAAGCUGGUGUUUAAAUCCUGUCUUUUCCCUGUAUGUUUUCCUCUUUGGAAAAAGCAAGGGUUUUAGUCUCCGAACCUGGAACCACUUGAGUGGGGUUGGAGAGGAGGGAAUAACAGAAUGUGGUUUGGUUUUUAUGCGUGUCCUGCAUAGCGGGAGUUCCCAAAGUGGCUGUACUUGGUGUCUGAGGAACCGGAGCUCUGGAGGGAAAGGGUGUGGAGCGUGAGUGUGAUUUCAGGGGGACUCGCAGCAGCGAGCGAGCAGCCGGACGCAACGGGGCACCCGCUGUUCAACGUGAAGCCUUAUCGUGGUGAAUCCUUGUGGGUUAUGUUGGCCUCAAAAAUAAACUUAACCCGAGGUGGCGCAAGCAGAGGAUGGAGCUGGUUAGACCCAGGUCGUGUGGCGAGGGACACGGCCGCUCUGGUGGCGCUCAGGGGUCUGACUGGAUCAGAAGGGGAGAUUGACCUGUUCCAAGCCAUAUUUGCUGCCCUAGGACUUUGCUGCGCGGGUGGAAAAGGUGCCGGUAGCGGAUGCUGUUGGUGGUGGCAGCUUUUGGGAAGUUCUGGGUUUCUGCGGCUGCCAAAUCCCAAAGCGGUGGAGCCGCCUGUGCGCACUGACUGGGGGAAACGUUGCUGUGAAGAAAGAGCUCUAGAAAAAUCCCUGUAUGCCUCUGGUUUCUGUUGGUUUCUUUCUUCCUUUUUCUCCUUUUUUUUUUUUCUGAAUUUUAAACCAUUCUGAACACCCGUCUCGUGUUUAUUUGGUCUGUUCUUCUCUUAUUUUGAAGAUCUUGGAAAAAUGUUCUCAGACUCUCACGUGCUGUAAGUUCGUUACAGUCCCAGAUGCUUUAACGUUAUCGUGCAGCAUUUCAAUGUGUGUUGUGCUGUAAAAUAAUGGCUCCUUACUCUUGCGUUGUUGCUGUACUUAAUUUCGCUGUACUUUUAAUUAGAUAACAAUAUAUUAUCUUGUGCUGAC